AUGGCUUCAGGAAAAGACACUUAUCCUCUGUUUCCUAAACUCACCAACAACUGCUCUGAUGAGAGUUUGAACAGGCCUCUUAACAGGUGCGAGGAGAUUCAUUUGCCACGGUUUUCGGUGAAGCAAGGGCUGAUCCCAAGACAUUACGUUAUGCCCUGGAAACAAAAUAUGAAAUUCAGGAACCUGAAUCUGAAGCAGGCGGACGCGUGCGGCAUCUACGCGGGGCCGCUGGAGGACUCCCUGUUCCUGACGCACAGUGAGCGGCUCUGCCACGGCGAGGAGCGCCGGGUGGUCCUGAAGAAGGGCCCCCCGGAAAUCAGGAUUGCGGACCUGCCUCUGCACUCGCCUCUCUCCAGGUACCAGAGCACCGUGAUUUCCCACGGCUUCCGCAGGCGACUGGUCUGA